GCGCUGAACGGAAGCGAGCCGAAAUGCUGCUGAGGCACAGAAAAACGCAGCAAAAAGUGAGCCAUCGAUUUUACGAGAGCCGUCAAUUUGCUAGUGGUUUUGCGACUGCCAAAGAAACCCUCAACCCUUGGGAAAAGCCAAUUUAACCCAACCCGAGCGCCCGGGCCUUAGUCACCGCGCGCUGUGUCGAGUUUUCGAAAUCUCAUCAAGCAACUCAUCACCGUUCAUCUCGACAGUUGGAAACCGGAGCUGGCGAAGAGGUGGUGGAAAGUGGUGGCACACAGAGGAGAGAAAAAAAUCCAAUUCCGAAUUCCUUAACUAUCCCCUCCGCCCAAGCGUUCGCUGCGCCAUCGACGUGUUUUUCGAAACGGUUUCGGAACGGACGAAUAAAAAAAAAAAAGAAACGGUGCUGCUUGAACGACGGCACACGGAUGAACACGUUGCGAACCGCAAACGCUGGUGAGCUCCCGGCCGUGAGCGACAUUCCCAGGCGGCACUCAGCUGGCGUGGCGUCGUGCCACACUUUUGCCAUCCGAAGCUCGGAAAGCUCCCCAGCACCGGGCCACGGGACAGAUCGCACGAGAAACUAGAGAGAACUAGCGUUUCAUUUCGCGCGCGCGCGUAUACGCAGGGUUUCAACACGGCGAGGGUAACGCGAUCACACGGUACGGUUGUUUGCAUUUACGCGCGAACGUGCGGGCGGCCAGCAAGACCAGAAGGCAAAACACAUAGUGUGCAACGUGGGCAGAGUACAGCGUGUGCUUUUUGGUGUGCCAAAAUUUAUCAACCAAAGUAGUUACAAGCUAUUUAGAGAAUUAGUUUGUGUUUGAGUGAUGAAUUUGAAUGUGGAAAUUCGUGGUUACUAAUAGAGUUGAUGUUAUUCAUCGCAUUCGUUUGACUGCAUGCAUGCUUUAAGUGUGUGACAUCAAAACUACGCGCCGAAAAAACGAUUCCCUCCAGCAGAGUGUGAAAGAAAGCCAUCACCAUUAGCACCAUUUGUCUAUCUGUGGCAGCCUGCAGAAGAGCCAUCGCGAGCGAACCGAGCGAACAGAUAAACGGUGGCAUUUGAACACAAAUCUAUCGCAUCGAAAGGACCGACCGAAUUCAACAAUAAAGGAAUCCCGGUACGUGUGAGUGCGAGCAGGAGGUUUGGUGCGUGAGUUCCCCGUUGUUGUGGACCGCAAGCGAACGCAAGGGUCGGUUGGCCGGUGGUGCCAAAGAAGCACGUUCGACCAAUCGGAAGGACCACGCCGGGCAUCAGCCACCAAAACUAAACGCUUGCAUCGGUGGUGGUCAACGGCAAGCCACCUUUUACGGUUGCGUUAGGUGAUGUUGCGUUGUACCGUCUGGGUCAAACGGGAGGAUCCUUUGGGGAAGAGUCCAUACGCCAGAUCGAAAGAAUUUUGAAACUACUAAGCUUCAAGCUGGACAAGAAAAUGUCCAUGCUAUAAGUGAGUGCUAUUUUACAACGUACAGUGUCGUGUUCACGUGCGAAAAGCUUCAGUCAGUUGUGUAAUCGUAUAACCGUGCAGUUUGGUGUGAUUUUAAAUGCAUUUUCAAAUAGUGUACGAUCUUUACGACUCGUGUGACUUCUGUUGUGAGUGAGCUUUGAGUGCCCCUUAUUUCGUUAGCAGAUCGCUGAAAACGCACAGUGCUUCGAUCCUGCAUCGCGAAGUGUCCGCCAAGUGUCCCCACUGGUGCCCAGAGUGGUUGAGAUGCGAUUGCAAAGUGACUGGUCGAUCGGUACUGGCACGCAAUGGAUUAAGCAAGCGAACGCACUGACACUGAACUGCAGCAUACCGUGGUGCGACCUGGAUCGGGUGCAUCCUUUCGCAAACGUUACGCCACGCAGCCAAGCCAAGCAAUGGGGUAUUGGGACGAGCGAAGUGUACGAAGACUGCUACUGUGGUUGGUUCUAAUUGUGCUAAAGAGGGUUCAAAGUUUGCCGGACGUCCGGGCGACGUGUCGUACCGUGCCGGGGCUGGCCCGGGACCAGCUGGAGCUGUGCUACCGCGCGAGCGACGUUACGGCGGCCGCCAUCGAGGGCCUGGAGCUUGGCGUUCGGGAGUGUCAGUACCAGUUCCAAUGGCACCGUUGGAACUGCUCAUCGCUCAGUACCAAAAGCCGCAAUCCACACACAUCCAGCAUGCUGAAACGAGGCUAUCGAGAGAGUGCUUUUGCGUACGCCAUCGCAGCCGCGGGUGUGACGCACAGUGUGGCCCGUGCCUGCGCCCAGGGCCGGCUGAUCUCGUGCGGCUGUGACCCGUCCGUCAACCGGAGGGGCAUGUCCAAGUCGCUGCGCGAAAGCUUGGAAAAGGAGAAGCUCCGCUUCCUGGACGCUAUCGCGGAAAGCAAUAGCGUGUUCGAGGAGGGUGACAGCUUGCGCAAGCUGAAGGCGAAACAGGCGAGCCGCUGGAAGUGGGGCGGCUGCUCGCACAACAUGGCGUUCGGGGUGGAAUUUUCCGAGCUGUUUCUGGACUCGCGCGAAAAGGGAGCAGACAUACAGUCCCAGAUAAACCUGCACAACAACCGGGCCGGACGGAGGGCCGUCUCGAACAACAUGCAGGUACGGUGCAAAUGCCACGGCAUGUCCGGCAGCUGCCAGCUAAAGACGUGCUGGAAGUCGGCGCCCGACUUUCGCGUGGUCGGCCGCGUCCUGAAGCAGCAGUACCGCCGGGCGAUACUCGUCGACCAGUCCAACCUUGGCAACGGGCCGCCGAUGAUCGUCUACCGCAAGCCAAAGAAGCGCAAGCACGUGCCGAAUCUGCGCCCACCGCGGAGGCAACCGCGCGAGCAGCAGCUCGCGCCGGUCGGCAAUCGGCUCGGUGGCCCCACCAACCGGAAGCUGGAGAAUGCGCUCUUCUACUACCAAAGAUCACCGAACUUUUGCGAGCGCGAUCAGAUCUCCGACAUACCGGGUACCAUCGGACGGCGCUGCAAUCGGACGAGCAGUGGGAGCGAAGGUUGCGCCUCGAUGUGUUGCGGCCGGGGCUAUAAUCUGAUCCGCGAAAAGCGCAUCGAUCGGUGCAACUGUAAGUUUCACUGGUGCUGCUUCGUGGAAUGUGACGAUUGUGAAAUCGAGGAGUGGAUUAGCGUGUGCAACUGAGCGAUGCUGCUCACGUUCGGUGGCUCACCGGUUCGAUUGUUUCCCGCUAGGGGCCCACCGGCGGAAGGACGCGGGGGACGGUCGGAGGCAAACUAAUUAAAAACACUCCGCUUGUUUGCUCCGCUCCCAGAACUGAAACAUCUGACCAAGGAGCGAGGGCAGCCAGAGGCGGGGGAAGCGUUCGGAAGCGUGAUGUAGUGGACACAACUAAGCAGUAUUACGGCAUGUACGAGAAGUUGCCCCAUCGGAUGGCGUAAAAUCCAGUUAGGCUAGGACCGUUUCUGUACAAAUACAGUGUACCAUUUUUUGUUUGUUUGUUUAUGUGUGUGUUAAGUGGCAAUCGUUAGGCGAGCCUUCAAUGUAAUCCUUGCUCUCUCUUUCUCUCUAAACCAAUACUAGCCAUCUCGCUCACUCGCUAUACUUUUCUUUCCCACAUCCCCCUUUGAACAGUGAUUUCAAUUGUAGCCGCUAAGGACCGUGUUAUUUAUUCGAAUGUGCGUUUUGCGUUUAAAUUAAUUCUAACCCAGUAAGAGCUAUUACACACCCCUUAGUGUCAUAAUGUACCGCACGCGAGACAGUCGAGUUCUGCCUGCCUGUGGUGCCACACGUCAUCGCGCACAACAUUAUGACGUUACAUGGACAGACUGCGCGGGUGCCAUCGACGGGGCGGAAUUGAUUGAAGGGAGAUUGGCGCUGGAACGCGUAUAGAAACACGUGGAACCGUAGAACGACAAGAGGUGUAGUGAAACCAGCUUUAGCGAGGCGACAAGUAAUUGUAGCGAAUGGAUUCGUGAUAAUAAAUUAUGUCAGUCAAUACAGGUAA